ACUGUGGAUUUAACUACGUAUUUUCGUGGACGUACCUGUCUGCACCAGAGAUAGUUGCUGUGACGUUUUUUUGUGUGCGUCUAUUACCUGAUCAUGGCUUAGUGUAUACAGGUGUUUACUUCAGGUGACAGCUAGAAAGUAACGACUGGUUUUACUGGCGAGGUAGUCGGCGAUUAAAGGAGCUCGGGCAUCCCUCCGUUCUCGUUGUUCACCGAGCUUCGGCUCCAAUCUGGCCGAUAACGAAGGAUGGUAAGCUCCCGUUCGCCCGGUGUAAAUGUCUCGCCAGCUAACAGCGUGGCUACAUCACGUGUCGUCGUGUCUGACAGUGACGUAGCUCGUGAUGGUGACGCCAUCUUACCGAGCACCCGCCAAUCAUAUCGCGUGGAGGACGAGGGUGGUCACGUAAACGGAGUUCCUGGUGCCGUCGAAUGGAGCCAAAGCGGUCCGCCCUCGCUUUCUAUGUCCGUCGACCUGCAUAAUCUCAUCAAUCCGAAUCUUCAAGACUCCGGGCAUUAUUCUGCUAGUCUCGAACACGCCGAUGCCUCUGCGUCAUCCUGUAACGUUAAAUCUGCGAAAAAUCACGAGGAAGAGGAAAGCUACGAGGCGUUUGGAGCCGUUGAGGGUGACGCUGAUGACGGGGUGGAAUCACCAGGUGGUAGCAGUUCUGCACCCUCACCCACAGGAAACAAUACUGUCAAAAAUCCAAGAAGCCCCAAUUCAACCAUAGGAAGGCAUUCUUGGCUACGAACGUCACUUAGACGAACUCCUCCGUGUUCCGGAAGGAAGAGACUUAGUUCCAAUGCAUUAGCAAGCCAACUUUAUCGAAGCGGUAGCUUCAAUAGCUCUGGUAGAGGCUCCAACUGUGAUCCCGCGGACGAUAUGUACAGCGAUGUCUCCCUUGAGGAUGAUGUCAUUGAUCUCAAUCAUAGAGUUCAAAUGAUUCAAGAACAAAUGCAUGCUUUAGUAGACACGCAAUCGGUCGGGGAAGAACGGUAUGCUAGGGCAAAACAGGAAAAUGCUAUGUUACAAGCAAGAAUACUAAUGUUAGAAGAAGCUGCCAAAGAUGCUGAAACGAGGGCUGAAGAAAGACUUCAGGCGGAACAACGAAGACAUAGAGAGUGGGCAAGCCGUCUAGAACGCGAACGACAAUUGCAACUAGAAAAUUAUGCCAUCAAAUUGCAAGCGAUAGAAUUAGAAGGAACUAAUUUAAGAGAUGAAAUAGGAAGGUUACGCGAACAACUCGAAAAGGUUAAGGGAGAGAAAAGUCGGUUAGAAAAUGAUCUCGAAGAGGCUAGAAAAGAAAUAGAUACCGUUCGCGAAAGUGAGCGACAAGCCAUAAGCCGGGCUAACGAAACUCACUAUCAACUUGAAGCUAUUAGAGAAGAACUUUCUAUGAAAGUCGAAGAUCAACAAAAAAUAGAAGAAUUAAUGCAAGAAGUGGCACAACUUCGGGCUCGUAAUAAAAGUUUGGAAGAAUCUCGAGAUGAAUUACAAGCUGCAGCGGCUCUGCAGGCAGGCCGUGAACUUUUAAUGUUAAACCCCUGUAAUAAUUCUACUGAAAAAGGACCUAGCCUCGCUGUAGAAUUAUUAGCCGGAAUGAACCAAGAUCAAAUGGACGAUCAGCUUCCUGAAGAUAAUGGUGGACUGUGUAGUAUAUCUGAAGUAAAACAAGCUUUAAAGGAGCAACAAGAGGUCAAUACACAAUUAAGGGCAUACAUUGAUGGGAUCUUAUUGAACAUAGUUGAAAACUAUCCGCAAUUAUUAGAAGUGAAACAAACUCAUUGAACUAUUAUACAAAUAGACAAUUAUUGAAUUCAAUGUUAA